AUGGAGAAAUUUAACGAAUAUAAUAGCGAGAAUUCCGGGACCCAGGAUGGACAGCAAGGGUCAUCAACACCGUCGGCCCAGACGGACUUCACAGCAGUGAUCGACGAAAAGCAGAUAGCGAAUCGAACUAGUGAAAAGACAAGAGUGGAAGUUAAUACAGACAAGGAGUUAGUCUGGCCUCAAAAUAUCGAUUUGGACAAAGGAGUUGCCAAUUACGAUACAGAAGUCGAUAUAGAAAAGCAUUCAAGCGAAACUUCCAUCUCAUCUAGCCCUUCGGUGGCGAAUGGCGGACCGGAAUCCCCAGAUGAUGGCCUCUCGAGAGACCGCGAAGGAAAUGUGUACCCGGAGGGCGGACUCGAGGCAUAUCUCGUCGUUGUUGGAUCCCUCAUGGCGCUCUUUGGCUCCUCUGGGCUCGCAAACUCCCUAGGAACCUUCAUGGCAUGGAUAUCUACCCAUCAACUAAAGGACUAUAGCCAUAGCAGCAUCAGCUGGAUCUUCGGCGUCUAUGCGUUCCUCAUGUUCUUUGCUGGCAUCCAAAUUGGCCCAAUCUUCGACGCCAAGGGUCCUCGGUAUCUCAUCUUUGCGGGCUCGGUCAUGGUUGUGCUUAGCAUUGCUCUUAUUGGGCUUUGUACGGAAUACUGGCAUUUCAUGGUUGUCUGGGGAAUUAUUGGUGGUCUAGGCUCCUCCCUGAUCUUCACUCCCGGAGUCGCCAGCCCGGGCCAUUUCUUCUAUCGGCUGAGAGGACGUGCAACAGGAAUUGCCACGACAGGAGGAAGUCUUGGGGGUGUGCUAUACCCGCUAAUGUUGCAAGAUCUGUUUCCAAAACUUGGAUUCGCAUGGGCAACCCGAGCUGCGGCUUUGGUAACGAUUGUCUCAGUGGGGAUUGGAUGCAUAUUUAUCAGAUCAAGGCUGCCAAAGAAAAAAGCCACUAAGGAAAACAUUCUCCCCGACUUCCGAAUUUUAAGGGAACCGGAGUUUGCAUUGACGACAUUGGGGGUAUUCUUCAUAGAAUUGGGCUUCUUCGUUCCCAUCACCUACAUCUCAGCAUAUGCUCUAGCGCAUGGCAUGUCGGAAAAGUUCUCAUACCAAGUGCCUGCGAUCUUUAAUGCAGGGUCUUUCUUCGGGCGAUGGAUCCCAGGCUUCACAGCAGAUUACAUGGGACGGGUCAACACCAUGAUAGUGACUAUCAUAAUAUGCUUCUUAUCCUGCGCGUGUCUGUGGUUGCCAGCCCAGGAUAGCGUUGCAAUGUUGGUUGCGUACGCUUUGAUUUUUGGUUUUGGAAGCGGGAGCACCAUCAGCUUGACACCUGUUUGUAUCAGCCAGUGUUGUAAAUUAGAACACUAUGGGAGGUAUUACGCGACUUCCUAUACAAUUGUUAGUGUUGGAUCCUUGACCGGCACGCCAAUCGCAGGUUUCAUUUUGACCCGCAAUGGGGGUCAUUACUGGGGCCUUAUUACGUUUACUAUCGUCUGCAAUUUCGGGGCUUUGGUCUGUUUUCUCACUAUCAAAAUGCUUAGACAUGGAUGGAAUCUGUGGGCGUUCUAUUAA